AUGUCUACCGGAGUUGGUAUGAGCUCUUGCUGUCUCUCAGGCAAGGUACAUGAUGGUACUCCUACAGGCAAAAUUGAGACCAUCGGACAUGUCCAGACAUACGUUGCUGCUCCUUCAGAUGGAUCCAAGGCCAAGACAAUUGUCUUCAUUGUAGACAUCUUCGGCUGGGAGUUCAAAAAUGUUCGUCUGCUAGCAGACAACUAUGCCAAAGCCGGGUUCUACUGCUACAUUCCCGACGUACACCAGGGCGAUUCUCUUCCCCUCGACUUCCUCAAUUCGGUUGAGCCGCCACUCAAGACCCGCGAGCAAAUGACCAUGAUCGAGAAGACGAAAGCCACAGCCGUCGUCGGUACGACCUUUCCUCCAUGGCUCAUCAGGCAUAGCGAGGCCAUCACCAAACCCAUUAUUGAGAACUUCUUCAAGGACGUCCGCCAGAUUCCUGGAACCGGGAAAGUCGGUGCCCUCGGCUUCUGCUGGGGAGGCCGAUACGCCAUUCUCGCCGCGCACGACGUCGCUGAUGCUGCGUAUGCGUGCCAUCCAUCGCUGGUGGCCAUCCCUGGCGAUUUUGAGGCAGUCACCAAGCCGCUCAGUUUGGCUGUGGGAGACAAAGACUCGUUGCUGGGUAUCGCUGCUGUUGGGCAGAUCCAGGAUUUGAUGGCGAAGAAGACGGCACUGCCGCACGAGUUGAGGAUUUACGAAGACCAGGUCCAUGGAUUUGCGUUAAGGAGCGACUGGAGCUCCGAGAAGGAUAAGAAGGCCAUGGAUGAUGCUGAGAAGCAGGGGACGGAGUGGUUCAGCAAGCACCUGGCUUGA